UUGACUGUGAAUCAUACAUAUAUGCAAACUUCAUAUAUCAUAACUACUACAUCAUGGCCUCAUCAAACUAUAAUCAACCCCAACCACAACCACAAGAAUACAUCCCAAACCUCUUCAGCUACGAAACUGGCCCCGCCAACAAUACCGCUGGCCCUCAUCAGUCCGAUCUCGCCAACAAACUCGAUCCCAGCGUGGACAGCGACUUGAACAAUCGCGCUCAAUACGCUCCCGGAACAACCAGGACAACAAACACUCAUCCCGGCGCAACUUCUUAUACCGCGAAUCCCGGAGCUCAAAACACUUUGGGACCUCACGAGUCCGAUUUCAAGAAUAGGAUUGAUCCGCGAGUGAACAGUAAAACGGGCGAGAUGACAACCAAGACGACGAAUAAUGGAGGUACAGGUUCGAAGAAGGAGCCUGUCACUUCUGGAAGUAACUAUACAAGCGGAAAUCCCGGACAGACGCAGCCAUCCUCAUCAACCAGUCCCGGUCGUACCGGCGGCGUAGUCGGCGGUUCGUCGACGGGUGCACCUGCCGUACCGUCACCGGUCUCGACGCCAAGGGAAUAUAGCCGUGAGCAGUCGAGUUACAAUCCUGCGACUGGGACGGGGUAUACGCCGUCUCAUCGACAGCAGCAGCAGGAAGCUACGCAACCUGCUACUGUGCCUGCGACAACGACUACUGGGACGCAGACUGGUUCUACCGAGGCGUCGGGAAGUAAGGGUUUAGGAGGGGGGAUUAAGGGUGUUGUUGCUGGUAUUCACGGCGCCGGAGAAUCUCUCCGAGGAACAUUCAAUGCCGCCGUUGACCGCGCAUUCAAUGAACCCGAAGGUGUUGUCAAAAACGAAGCUAUUGGCCGUGAAGGAGAAUACGAGGCCAAAUCAGGACAAUUCGCACCUUCGACAAAGCAGCGCGAGGGAUUCAACACGCAGAAUGGGACUUGAUUAUCUAUCAUGUUGAAGUUUGUGUACGAUGUUAUGA